AGAGAACAUGCUGUGAGAGACAAAAAAAAGUGUCAUUCGCAUACGUCUCACAAUGCCAUCCACAGGGCACUGCCAGUGGUGAACAGAUAACACAUCAGCUUUGUGGAGGAAGGUCACCGUGAUUUGCCAGAAAAAAAGUGAGGCUCGCAGACUGCGCGGUAUUCUCCACUGCUUACAGACUCUCUGGCACUCUUAAUCGUGAAACAUUACAGCUUCAGGAUGGAAUCAUCAACUGAGUUCUCCACAUCACUUGCAGGAAGUUCCCAAGCGACGCGUUACAGAAUUUUUAAAAUUGUUGUAAUUGGGGAUUCAGGAGUUGGUAAGACUUGCCUUGCUUACCGAUUUUGUGCUGGGAAGUUUCCGGACAAAACUGAGGCUACCAUUGGUGUCGACUUUCGGGAGAGAAUUCUUGAUAUUGAAGGAGAAAAAAUAAAGGUCCAGCUCUGGGACACGGCAGGCCAGGAACGGUUCCGAAAGAGCAUGGUCCAGCAGUACUACCGCAGUGUGCACGCCGUCGUGCUGGUCUUCGACGUGUCCAACCCUGCCAGCUUCCGCAGCCUGCCCCUGUGGCUGGAGGAGUGCCGGCGGAACGCGCUGGGCCAGCAGGUGCCCCGCAUCCUCGUGGGCAACAAGUGCGACCUGGUGCAAGGCUGCAGUGUCUGGGGAGGCGUGACCAGCGAACAGGUGCGCAGGUUCGCCGAGGCCAACGGCAUGCCCUUCUACCAGACCUCGGCCAAAGGUCCCGAAGGCCAAGGCGACCAUGUGAGUGCCAUCUUUGUGUCGCUGGCACACAGCCUGAGGAGGCAGCGGACUUGUCCCUCACCCCAGACUGAGGCACUUGGGAGUUUCAAGCUGCCAUCCAAAAAGCAUGCAGAGAAGGAGAAAUGGGCCUGCAGCUGCUAAGAGUGAAAUAAACGGACCCUCACCUACUAGGACAUGUGUGUUUGGAGCUUUUACAUACAGAGCGAAAAAAAUAAACUGGAAGAACAGAGGCUCGUCAUGAUUUUCUGUUUCCCCCAAAAAUGUUUUAAAGCAUAGUGCUGAACUGGAUAGGUGUAAAUGAUGAAUCAUAUUGAGUCCAUGCCUGUCUGCUCUCAGUUGCCUCAAUACAGACCUCAAAGUGGUGUUUAAGCUGAGGCAUUGUCUGCAAUGAACAUGACAGAGACAGGGCCCUACAUAUUCUUGUUUAAGAGGUCCUUUCUGAGUGGAUUAGGUUUUGCUGUCUGCUUCGCCGAUAUAGAGCAGUACAAGUCUUUGAGACAAUAGUAAUGAUGUGGAGAUUGCACAACAGAUUGCACAAGAAAAACCAACAGCAACAAUCUGGCUUCCAUCUAGGUUAGUGAUGUGGUGUCAUUUGUAGACCAUAUGUCUCUGGAUUGUGGGAGGAAGUGGAUGAGAAUAUGUGUCAUAUCCAUCGAGACUUGUCCCCUGCCUGUUUUCAAACCAAAGACGAAAAUGAAUAUUCUGAUUAAAUGUGAUCUAGAGUAGUUUUUUUCCCAUUAGCAGUUGGAAUGAUGUGCCUUUGGAAUAUCACUGUUUUCAGUAUUUUUGUAUAUAUUUAUAUAAUUGAUAGUACUAUUCAAUAAAGAAACCAAUCAUCUCUAA